AUGGCUGACGGGGCCGAGAUGGACGAGGAGGCUAUGCGGGCCUUCUUCCCGCUCUCUUUCGGCAAGGCGCCCGCUCGGCCCGGUUCUGCGGCCUCCUCCGCCCACUCCUCCACCCUUCGCAAGCCUCAAAACCCUAGUAACCCCAAGUCCUCCGCCUCUACCGCCGCGGACGACGAUUCAGCCGCUAUGAUUGGUCCCCCUCGGCCGCCGCCGGCGUCCGCGGGGAGGACGACGACGAGGAAGGCGGCGGUGUCGCCGAUCGGGCCGCCUCGGCCACCGCCGCCCUCAGCUCGCGGCGAGGGGGACGACGACGAUGGCGACGGCAUGAUUGGGCCGCCUAGGCCGCCGCCAGCGGAUGAUGAAGACGUCGAUGACGAUGACGGUGAGGACGAGGAGGAGGAGAUGGAGGAUGAUGGCGAUGGUGGAUUCAAUCGGAUCCCUCUCAGCAACGAAAUUGUUCUGCGGGGGCACACUAAGGUUGUCUCUGCCCUUGCUGUUGACCAUACAGGAUCCAGAGUGCUCUCUGGUAGCUAUGAUUAUACAGUGCGUAUGUACGACUUCCAGGGUGGUGAGUGGAAUCCAAAGUCAAAAGAGACCAUUCUGACAUCAUCUGAAGAUGGCUCCAUACGUCUCUGGGAUGUGUCUGACUUUAAAAGUCAGAAGCAGGUCAUCAAACCUAAGCUGGUAAGACCAAUGCGGAUUCCUGUUACAUCAUGUGCAUGGGACCAUGAAGGAAAACGAAUUGUGGGUGGCAUAGGAGAUGGUUCUAUACAGGUCUGGACCAUAAAAGCUGGAUGGGGUAGCAGACCAGAUAUCCAUGUUGAGAAAACACACACAGAGGAUAUUACUGGGGUUAAGUUUUCAACAGAUGGACAGAUUCUUCUGUCAAGAAGUAUGGAUAGUACUCUUAAGAUAUGGGAUUUGAGAAGAAUGAAAACUCCUUUGAAAGUAUUUGAAGAUCUGCCAAAUCACUAUGCUGAGACAAAUGCAGCCUUUAGCUCAGAUGAGCAGCUUAUUUUUACAGGAACUUCUAUUGAAAAAGAUGGUGACAAUGGGGGAUUACUUUGUUUCUUUGAUAGAAAGAAACUUGAGCUUGUAUCAAGGGUGGGAAUUUCACCACAGUACAGUGUGAUAAGGUGCCUCUGGCAUCCAAGAAUCAACCAGGUGUUUGCAACAGUUGGAGACAAGAAAGAAGGUGGGACUCAUAUCCUGUAUGAUCCUUCUAUUAGUCAAAGGGGAGCUCUUGUAUGUGUUGGACGAGCACCAAGGAAAAAGUCUGUUGAUGAUUUUGAGGUGCAACCUGUCAUACACAAUCCACAUGCAUUGCCACUUUUCAGAGAUCAACCAAGUCGUAAACGUCAAAGAGAGAAGAUACUGAAAGACCCGCUCAAAUCACACAAGCCAGAAGCACCUGUUAAUGGUCCAGGUUAUGGUGGAAGAGUGGGUACUACAAAAGGCAGUUUGCUGACACAGUACCUCUUGAAGGAAGGUGGUUUAAUUAAGGAGACCUGGAUGAAUGAAGAUCCAAGAGAAGCGAUUUUGAAGUAUGCUGAUGCUGCAGAGAAAGACCCAAAGUUUAUUGCGCCAGCUUAUUCUCAAACCCAGCCGAAACCUGUUUUUGCAGAGUCUGAUUCAGACAAUGAAGAGAAAUAA